UCUCGCCAUCCCGCCCUGCCUAGACAGGGGGGUCAGCCAAUCAGUUUCGCAAGGUGGGCUAAGACUGUUGCUGCAGCCAAUAGUACGCGACAAUUUCAACCAGGCACGCCCACUACCAACGCUUUCCUUGCCUUAGGAAAUGGAAAUGUUUGCUUCGCGUAGGCUAUAGAGAGAGGGGAGUGCAGCUGCAGCUGAUUGUACAGCAUUUUAUCACUUGCUGUUUAAAGUAAUAGGUUGGGUUAAAAUGUUUUCUAAUUAUUUAUAAGUACAUGCAUUUUUUUGUUCGUUUAUUACCUGCAUUGAGUUCUGAAACUGAGUCCCUUUUUCUGAGUGGAGCGCGAAAGUCAGUGGAGCACCAGAAGUGCGGAUUAUAUAUGAAUUGAAAUUAUUCAUUAAAAAAAGACUACAUUAAAAUCAAACAGGAUUCCGCUACUCGAGUCUCAAGCUAACAGUCAGUGAAGAUGGACGUCAGCGUCUCCGUGUCGUUCUUUCAAGACGAGCUCGCCUCUACCAUCGAGCACGCAGUGAAAGCGGCUGUAGACACCGUCUUGUGCCAAAUCACAAAAGUUGUCGGCGGCAAAUUCACUGAAUUCCGAAUGGAAAUGGCUGGAAAGGAGAAAGAGAAUGAAAGUCUGAAGCUGAGAUUGGAAAUAUCAGAGAGCGAGUUGAAAGCAGUGCGGGAAUGCAUGAACGCUGCAGAUGCAGACAUUAAACAACCUCUCAGAAACAUGAACCCCGACUGCAAUGAACAAGACUUUCAGAGGAACGAGAACCAGGGGUUAUUUCAAGAUCCCAAAGAGAGCCAUGCUUUGCCUAAAUCUGAAGCACAGGAGGGGCCAAGGAUAGAAGCAGUUUACACCCUAGAGGAGUCAUUUGAUCAGGAGUGGUGUGCAAGUCUAAAGCAGGUUACAGAGCUGACAUGUGUUAAAGAUGAAGAGGUCCCUCGACUGGAAUGUGUUCCUAUUAAAGAGGAAUUCAUAGAACAGGAAUGUGUCCUCAUCGCAGAGGAAGUUCCUGCUGAAAAUAAUGUCUGUACACUUGAGGAGAACAACCAGCUGGGAUCCAGCCUGUGUGAUGGUUGGCCACCUGAAUGUGAACUGGGAUUUAGAGUUUCUACAGCAGGAAAACACGACUCCACUCCAUCACCCCACUGCAAAAACUUUUCCAGCGGCAAACUGCAGAGCAAGAAACACAGAGAGAUGACACCCCAAGAAGAACAUCUUAAAACAUUGAGAGUUAAAAUUCCUUCUGUACAAGCACUAUUUGUUCUGGAGAGUAUAGAGACUUCAAAUUCUGUGUGUGUGAACAAUUCUGAAACCCGGUGCAACUUGAAGACCUUGCCUUGUUCUACUCAAGGGGAGAAGAGUUCCCAUCAAUUAGGCUCUCCUAAAACUCACAAGGGAAAUCACACAGGAGGGACUCAGUUUCACUGUGCUGAUUGUGGGAAGAGAUUCAAUUGUUUAUCACUUUUGAAAACACACCAGCGUGUUCACACAGGAGAGAAACCUCAUCACUGCACUCAGUGUGGGAAGAGAUUCACACAGUUAGGACAUCUUCAGACACACCAACGAAUUCACACAGGAGAGAAACCAUACCACUGUAAUGACUGUGAGAAGAGUUUCAAUCAGUUACAAAAUUUAAAAACACACCAACGAAUUCACACAGGAGAGAAACCAUACCACUGUAAUGAAUGUGAGAAGAGUUUCAGUCAGUUACAAAGUCUCAAAAAACACCUACGAGUUCACACAGCAGGGAAAUGCUGAAUGUUGGGAAAAAUUUCAGCUGGUGGGACACCUUAAAAACCAGAACAUUUCAUUAAACCCUGGCACUGAAGAGAUUAAUGUGAAAAAAAAAAAUAUGUAUAGUGCACUUAAGUUAAAAAUCUGCCAGGACUUUUUUGUCUUUGUUUCAAUCUAGGGGAAGUUCUCGGGAAAAAAAAAAAUCCGACCUGUAUUUGAAAAAUAAAUCCUAAUCGAACAUUUAUUCCAUCUGCUGGUAAUAAAAGCCAUGCAUCUUCCACAGAGAAGGGUGAAUCUUAAAGAUAAAUACGGGUCACUGAAAGUUCACCAUUUCCUGUCUGCUGAACACAGUAACUAAUGCCUAUACUUGACACAACUGCUGAACCAAGGUGUAAAUGCUGGGCUUCUCUUUACAUCCCUUCAGGCUGGACCACAGAGCAACGACCAUCACAGGAUUGUUAAUCUUCUUCAUAAGAGUGCUUUAUUAUUUCAAAAGAGACUUUUGCACAUCCCUCGAAGUCAUAAAGGAAGGUAACUGUGAUUUUGUGCUGCAUAGCUUAGAAUUAGGAUGCUGUUUAUUAUUUAUUUCUUAGCAGACUAUAAUUGUCUGUUUAAAUGCUUGUAAUGAUAGUUGUGUUCUAAAUAUGUGUAGGUGAUAUUUGAUGUAGGUGUUUCUGAAUUAGGGGUGUUAAUUGAUUAAUCACACCUGUGGGCUUUGAUGGAUCAAUCUGGUCUACAUAAGUGCAGUAUCCAAAAAUGGGUUGCGAAAAUGAAAUUUUGAAAUCUGGUGAAGGGUACUUCUAAAGCCCUUGGCAAAACUGCAACUGGAAGGUAUCCUCAGUACUUCGCUAUCUCAGAAUGAAGGUAGUGCUUUUCUUUCAUGGCAGUACUACAAGUGUAUUGUAUCAUCUUAGCCACAAGUAAGUUGAUUUUCCAUUUUAUUCAACGUAUUUCUUUCAAAUGGUAUCAGACAAUUAACAGCUCUAUCGUACUGAUUUAACUACAGUGUAUAUCUACGGUCCAAAAAUGCAAUUAAUCAGUCAUGUAAACAAGAGUGAGUCAAGUGAACAAAUACAUCUUGACAUUCCAAACAAUCAGACCUACCUUCUCCUCCUUUUUUGCUUUUAAAAACACUAUACACCUUUUAAACCAUCCAUUUGCAGUUAUCCCUCCUUCCUCUUCCAAUGAAACAUUGAAAUUAAAGAGCCAGGUGUGAGCCUCUCAACCCAUGAACCAACACAAAAAUUGUUAGAUUCGGCCAUUCUAAUAUUAGAAUAUCUUAUGUGUUUAAGUACAAAUAUAUGUUCCCAACUGGGCAAGAACCUGAUCCUGCGAAAAUAAGAAAUGGAUUUUUACUUGCAAUACCUGCAUAUGUGGUGGACCAACUAAACCCCAGACUAACAACUUAAUUAAUACAUUUCCAUCACAUUAAUAUAUUAUAAUCAAGUGAAAAAUUGUGAAUGCAAUAUUUUAAAAUGUGGAGAUUGAAACAUACAGAAUGUUUUUACAGUAAUUUGGUUUGGAUUGCAAACUGGUAAGCUGUAUGUAUCCCAAGUUCUUACGCAUCCUGUAUUUUGGACCAUUUUAUUAAAAGGUUGAAAAAUUGUUUGACUUAAUAAAUGUGAAAAAUGUU